AUGGCAGUCCCAGCGGUGGGCAUCGACCUGGGUACGACUUACUCGUGUGUGGGCGUGUUCCAACACAGCAAGGUGGAAAUUAUAGCCAAUGAUCAGGGCAAUAGGACCACUCCAUCUUACGUUGCCUUCACUGACACUGAGAGGCUGAUUGGGGAUGCUGCCAAAAACCAGGCCGCUAUGAAUCCUAAAAAUACUGUUUUCGAUGCCAAACGACUCAUUGGUCGAAAAUUUGAUGAUCCAAAAAUUCAACAAGACCUCCGACAAUGGCCAUUUAAUGUGGUAUCCGAAAGCGGAAAACCUAAAAUCGUUGUCGAAUAUAAAAAUCAACAAAGAAAAUUUUCUCCUGAGGAAAUUUCGUCAAUGGUCUUGACCAAAAUGAAGGAGACUGCAGAGACAUACCUCGGUGGAACGGUGAAAGAUGCUGUUAUAACUGUUCCAGCUUAUUUUAACGAUUCUCAGAGACAAGCUACAAAAGAUGCUGGAACUAUUGCAGCUCUUAACGUUAUCAGAAUUAUCAACGAGCCUACAGCAGCCGCAUUAGCAUACGGUCUUGAUAAAAACUUGAAGGGAGACAAAAAUGUUCUCAUCUUUGACCUUGGCGGAGGUACUUUUGAUGUUUCAAUUCUGCAAAUAGCUGAAGGAUCUCUCUUUGAAGUUAGAUCUACAGCAGGCGACACGCAUCUCGGAGGUGAAGAUUUUGACAGCAGAAUGGUGAACCAUUUUUGUCAAGAGUUUGAGAAAAAAUACAAGAAAAAUCUUAAAGAAAAUCCAAAGGCUAUGAGGCGUCUCCGAACUGCAUGUGAAAGAUCAAAACGAACUCUUUCGUCAAGUACAGAAGCAAGUUUAGAAAUAGACGCCCUGCACGAAGGUAUAGAUUUUUACUCAAAAAUAACAAGAGCUCGAUUUGAAGAAUUGUGUUCAGAUUUGUUCAGGCAAACUUUAGGUCCAGUCGAAAGAGCACUAAAAGAUGCAGGAUUAAAUACACGAGAGAUCCAUGACGUUGUAAUGGUGGGAGGAUCAACCCGUAUUCCUAAAGUACAGAGACUAUUGCAGGAAUUCUUCAGUGGAAAAACAUUGAAUCUUUCAAUUAAUCCGGAUGAAGCAGUAGCUUAUGGAGCCGCAGUUCAAGCCGCCAUUCUGUCCGGUUCUAAAGAUACUCGUAUUCAGGACGUUUUACUCGUAGACGUGACUCCUUUAUCUCUUGGAAUUGAAACGGCUGGUGGAGUGAUGACGCGGUUGGUAGAAAGAAACUCGAGAAUACCGAUAGCGCAGAAGCAAAUUUUUAGCACGUAUGCCGACAACCAACCGGCAGUAACUAUUCAGAUCUAUGAAGGCGAAAGAGCGAUGACAAAGGACAACAAUCUUUUAGGUACAUUCAACUUGACUGGCAUACCACCAGCCCCAAGAGGAGUUCCACAAAUUCAGGUAACGUUUGAUAUCGAUGCCAACGGGAUAUUGAAUGUGAGUGCCGAAGACAAAAGUACGGGCCAUUCUGAGCAGAUCACUAUAUCAAACGACAAAGGACGCCUCAGCAAGAAAGAUAUAGAGAAGAUGCUGCAAGACGCUGAAAAGUUUAAGGUAGAAGAUGAAGUCGCCAGGAAGAAGGUUGAAAUCAGAAACCAAUUGGAGGGCUAUAUCUUUGGAUGUAAAACAGCAGCAGAAAACGCUAGCAGUCGUUUGACAAAUGAAGAAAGGAACGCGGUAUUGUCUGAGUGUACCGAACAGCUGAACUGGUUAGAGGCUAACCCUGACGCGCCUAAGGAAGAACUUGAGCGACGACUGGAGAGAGCCCAGAAAGUCUGCCAGCCGGCCAUGAUGAAACUGCACGGAGCUAUGGGAGGAGGAGGGCCUAGUUGCGCCAGAACUUUGAGCUCUGGAGGGCCCAGAGUCGAAGAAAUAGACUGA